GGGCUGGGCUGGACAGGGCUGACUUCCCAUUCUGUGGAGUGGUGCAGGGGAGAGAGGCUGGGGAUUUGCAGAGCUUCAGGCUGCAGCUUGUCAAGAGCUAAGCAAAGACAGGGGCAUCACAAAGAUGGCAGAAGCUCAUCAGGCUGUAGCAUUCCAGUUUACAGUAACUCCAGAUGGAAUUGACCUAAGAUUAAGCCAUGAAGCUCUGCGACAGAUCUACCUUUCUGGCCUCCACUCCUGGAAGAAGAAGUUUAUUAGGUUUAAGAAUGGGAUCCUCACCGGCGUCUUCCCAUCAACCCCAACCAGCUGGUUAGUGGUAGUGGUUGGUGUGACCUCCACAUCAAUGUACACCAAAGUGGAUCCAUCAUUUGGGUUGAUAGAGAAAAUAAACCAGGCACUUGCUACCACCGGCUACAUGUCCAGUCAGACUCAGAACAUUGUCAGUAAUGUCCUCUUUGGCACAGGCUUUUGGGUGGCCUUGACCGCAACAAUGCGAUAUUCCCUAAAGAUGCUUCUGAAUUAUAAUGGAUGGAUGUUUGAAGAGCAUGGAAAACUCUCCAAGAGUACAAGGUUAUGGAUGGGAAUGGUGAAAUUGUUCUCUGGCCGAAAGCCUAUGCUUUACAGCUUCCAAACUUCUCUUCCUCGUCUCCCCGUGCCAGCUGUGAAGGACACGGUCAAAAGGUUCCUGGACUCUGUGAAACCACUGAUGGAUGAGGAACAAUUUAAGAGAAUGGAAGGUCUUGCCAAAGAUUUUGCCGUCAACCUGGGACCAAGGCUUCAGUGGUACUUGAAACUGAAAUCGUGGUGGGCCACAAACUAUGUCAGCGACUGGUGGGAAGAAUACAUCUACCUCAGGGGUCGCGGGCCAAUCAUGGUCAACAGUAAUUACUAUGCAAUGGAUUACCUUUAUGUCUUGCCAACCACAGUGCAAGCAGCCAGAGCUGGCAAUGCGAUCCAUGCACUUCUGCUCUACCGGAGAAAACUGGACAGGGAGGAAAUUAAACCGAUUCAGCUGAUGGGAUCCACAGUUCCAUUAUGUUCAGCUCAGUGGGAAAGAAUGUUUAAUACUUCCCGUAUACCCGGAGAAGAGACAGACACCAUUCAGCACGUGAAGGACACCAAACAUAUUGUUGUCUACCAUAAGGGUCGUUACUUCAAAGUGUGGCUGUAUCAUGAUGGAAGGUUAUUGAAGCCGAGAGAGAUUGAACAACAGAUGCAACGAAUCAUUGAUGACAAGUCUGGACCUCAGCCUGGAGAGGAAACACUGGCCGCACUCACCGCAGGAGACAGGGUCCCAUGGGCCAAGGCUCGUAAAGAUUACUUCGGAAAUGGAAAGAACAAGCAAAGCUUGGACGCUGUUGAGAAAGCUGCUUUCUUUGUAACUCUAGAUGACACCGAGCAAGGAUACAACAAGGAAGACCCAGUGACCUCCCUCGACAAAUAUGCCAAGUCUCUCCUACAUGGAAAAUGCUUUGACAGGUGGUUUGACAAAUCAAUGAGUUUCAUUGUCUUCAAGAAUGGCAAGAUGGGUAUGAACUGUGAGCAUUCCUGGGCCGAUGCCCCAAUUGUCGGUCAUCUGUGGGAAUAUGUCAUGGCAACUGAUAAAUUGGACCUUGGCUAUAACGAAGAUGGUCAUUGUAGGGGGGAUGUCCAUCCUAGCAUUCCUCCUCCAAGCAGACUGCAGUGGGACAUCCCAGAAGAGUGCCAAAAUGUGAUUGAGAGUUCCUUGACUGUUGCCAAUGCCCUCGCAGAUGAUGUUGACUUUCAUUCAUUCCCUUUCGAAAACUUUGGCAAAGGUCUCAUCAAGAAAACUAGAACAAGCCCUGAUGCCUUUGUUCAGCUGGCUCUUCAACUGGCACACUUCAGAGAUAAAGGCAAGUUCUGUCUGACAUAUGAGGCCUCCAUGACAAGGCUGUUCAGAGAAGGCAGAACUGAGACAGUCCGCUCAUGUACCAUUGAGUCCAGUGAAUUCGUUUUGGCCAUGUCAAAUCCCAAAGAAAAUAAUGACUCAAGAGUGAAGUUUUUCAAGGCAGCAGCAGAGAAACAUCAGCAGAUGUACCGUCUGGCCAUGACCGGGUCUGGAAUAGAUCGUCACCUCUUCUGUCUUUAUGUUGUGUCCAAGUACCUGGCAGUGGACUCACCUUUCCUUAAAGAAGUUCUGUCAGAACCAUGGAGACUGUCUACAAGUCAAACACCUCAGCAACAGGUUCACCUUUUCCAACUGGAGAAGUAUCCCGAAAAUGUCUCAAGUGGUGGUGGCUUUGGACCUGUUGCCAAUGAUGGAUACGGUGUUUCCUAUAUCAUUGUUGGUGAAAAUCUGAUCAAUUUCCACAUAUCAAGCAAAUUUUCUAGCCCGGAAACAGACUCUCACCGCUUUGGACAACACAUCAGACAAGCCAUGCUGGAAAUGAUGGGCUUAUUCAACAACUCCACAAACAACUGCAACAAAGGAAAGAAAUAAAGCCUCCAAGUCUGAAGAUGAGAUGGAAUAAAAAACAAACCUAAAAAAAACGAGAAAAAAAACCUGAAGACUCCCUGACCCGUU